GCCCGAGAAUAUCAGGAGAAAGCACUCGUUAUCAGAAUAGAAAUUGGCCAAAAAAGUGGAGAGGCAAUUAGUUAUGGAAACCUCACAGGUUUGUCUCUCUCGCUCGGCAAGUAUGGAGAGGCUGAAAAAUAUCUAGACAAGGCAAUGGCAGUUAGAAAGGGUAUCGGUGAUAAAAGCGGAGAAGCAGCAGAUUACAGACACCUCGGGUUAAUCUCUUGUAAGCGUGGUGAAUAUGACAAGGCUCUAGAAUAUUUCGAGAAAGCCUUUACAAUUCACAUGAAAAUCGGUGAGAGAGCAGGACAACUAGUUAAUUACAGCGAUUUAGGACUGUGUUUCCAAUCGCUAGGUAAAUAUGACAUGGCUGAAGAAUACAUUAAACAGGCUCUCUUAUUAAGUAGGGAUAUUGGACUCAACUUGGAGGAGUUUCAGUGUCUUUGUAAUCUAUCGGUGUUAAAGGCGUCACAAGGUAAUCGUGAAGAGGCUUCUUCGCAUCUUUUUCAAGCCAUCCAAAAAUUCGACACUUUGAGAGGUUUCCUUAAAGAAAACGAUCAGUUUCAAAUAUCUUUUUUAGAAGAGCACGGCACCUUUCCCUACAAGUUCCUCAGUUGGCUGCUUUCUUCCACUGGAAAGUCGCAAGAUGCCCUUUACGUCGAAGAGCUGACAAGGGCAAGAGGCCUGGCCGACUUGAUGGCAGCUCGGUACUCUGUUCAAGAGCAGAUCUCAAGCGAUCCACAAUCUUGGUGUGGCAUUCAAGGGAUCAUCACAAAAGAAGCAGAAUGUGCAUGCCUGUACAUUUCGGUUGGUCAAAAUGAUGUACGGUUUUGGAUAAUUAAAGCAACGGGAGCCAUUCAGUUUUUAGAAAAGAAAGUGAAGCUGGACCAAAACAAGGUGACCGGAAUAGUCCCUGAGUUAGAUGAGUUUUUUAAAGAAGCCUUCCGCAGCCAAGCCAUUUCACCCGAACAGAAUUGCGAAGAUCGAUCUUUAGAUGACACCGAACUGACGUCACUUCCCCACGACAAGCGCUCAGUGCUGCGUGACUAUGAUUCCAAAGAUUUCAAAACAAGUCUUGACUUGUAUUACAAGAUAAUCAUCGCUCCU